CUCGUGUUCCCAGCCACCGAUUUGUUACACCCGCCUAAAAAACCGCUACUGCAAAUUAUAAGUCGAACUCGCUUCUUUGGCGUUGGCAAACGUCGCACAACCAACGACUCCAGCGCCAGACGCAUACACAAAGGCAAAGACGCACGACCGCGCCUCUGACGAGAGCGACUUCGGGUUACUCACGCAUCAAUCACGUGCGGUCGCGCUCCCAUCAGUCCCGUCAAACGCCAGGAUAGGCACGUAGCUACCCUGCAGGCGGGCUCAUCGCCAUGGCGCCCCCUUCGUCGAUGCUGCUCCUCCCAGCCUCGAUCCUGGCGCUCGUUUCUCAGGCCGCGGCUGCCCAACAAGUUCCCACGGCGGUCAAGAAGCUCUCUCUAGACUCUAGCGAGAAGAUUUUUCCUGAGCACCUUGCCUUUGCGCCGCUGCUGCUGUCAUCCGCUGGCGGGAUCCAGGACAGCGAUGUCUUUCUCCGGAACCUCAACCACCACAGCUAUGACGACGAUGAGGAUGCUGCGGUGCAACGUCACAACGGCACGGAGCGGGUCUUUCGCCCAGCGUUCGCGCGCCACCUCGACGACGGCGAGGAGCAAGCCCUGCGGCGCGCGGCGGCGGCGCUUGCCCUGCUGCGUAAACGCGCCGCCAGCUGCCCGACUGGCAUGACGAGCUGCGCGGACCAGGGCUCGCCCAACAAGUGCUGCCAGAAGGGCACCUAUUGCACCGACGUGCCGGACACGAUGGUCGGGCACGUCGCAUGCUGUCCGGACGGGUCCAAGUGCGGAGGCGGCGUCGGCGACUGCCCCGCGGGGGCGACGAGCUGUCCUGCUGACCUCGGCGGUGGCUGCUGCAUUCCGGGCUACGUCUGCCAAGGUGUCGGAUGUGUGCCUAGCGCUUCGGCGACGCAGAGCCCCAGCGCCCCGUUGACGAUCACAUCCACCCAGACUACCAUGGUCGGGGGCAGCCCAUCGACUGUCAUUGUCACGCUGACAGUGACGCGCACUUCGUCCGCCGCACCCACCACGGAGACGCAGACGACGACUGUCACCGCGUCCGGUGGCGGCUCCGCCACGGGCCGGCCCCCAUGGCGGCAGACGGGCUCGUCCUCCGACUCGGAAUCCACCAGCGCGACGACGACCGCGGCGCCGACCUCCCAGGGCGAGCCCACGCAGACAGGGUGCCCCACGGGCUUCUACGGAUGCAUGGCGACGCACGGUGGCGGCUGCUGCCGCACCGACCGUGACUGCCAGACGCACGACUGCCCGGCGGGCUCGUCGACGACGCUCGUGUCGGGCGGCCUGACGGUGGUGGUGCCCGCGACCGACGUGCCCAAGGCGACGGCGUCGGCGACGUGCGCGGGGGGUUGGUUCCUGUGCGGCAAGGACGCCGGGCCCGUGGCCGGGUGCUGCCCGAGCGGGUACGACUGCGGCACGGCGAGCUGCUUCACGGCGGGCGCGAGCCAGACGGGGAGCGUGCAGAAGGAGGCGCCGGAAAAGGGGGCCGCCGCGGCUGCCAUGGCGAGCGGCGCUGGGCUGCGGGCCGCGGUUGUGGUGGCCGUGGGUGUGUGGGUGCUGCUGGCGGUGGCAUGAAGGGGGGGGAGGCAUCUUCCCCGGUGCGAUGAGUAACGAAUCAUGACAGACAGCAUUUAGAAGAAGGAAGACGGUGAGAGUCACGCCUUGGCGGAUGUGCGGCUGCAGCGAUGCGUCGAACAGCCAGGUAUCACGGACCUUGCCCCGGUGCAAGCCACAACAACGAAACGAGGUAGUUAUCAGUCGAACUUGCAAGUGCAGUAAUACCACAACGUGGGGAAGGCAACACGAACAUCACCGACGAUUGCAGUACCGGAAAGUGAGUUCCGUGUGUCGUUGUCGGCGCCUUCGCCGCCGGGUCGUUCAGGUCGACGAGCUUCGAUCCUGCCAAACAAAGUGCCUGCAUCGCCAUCGCCCACGGCUGCCACACGAAC